AUGCCAUUGGAAGGCCCAGAAAUCGCGGCGCUUGUUACACAACCCACCACACUCGCACCACUCUCAGACAUACCCACACUCUACCGCGGACUGAUAGCAGUAACGUUCUUCGGCCUGCUAUCGCUAGUAACAUCCACCGCCCUCUUCCUACGGCUCGUAUGGCGGCUCAUCAAGUCAAUACGCACUGGCUCCCAUUCGACCGGUAGCACUCGAAUAAAUCAAUUCGUCGUCCUCCUUACCAGCCUACUCUUUGCCGAUAUCCAGCAGUCAUGCGCCUUCUGGCUCAACGCACACUGGCUUGUUAAGAACUCCAUCACCAUCGACACCUCCACCUGCUGGGCCCAGGGCUGGUUCGUCAGCACCGGCGACUUGGGCAGUGGUCUCUUCACCCUUGCCAUCGCCCUUCAUGCUUUCGCCGACAUCAUCUUCGACUACCGUCUGGGCCCUCGAAGUUUCGGCGCGGUUAUUGCUGGUCUGUGGACUUUCAAUUAUGCACUGCCGGUCAUUGGGAUUGCCAUGAACCCCACAGAGUUCUACGCUCGUGCCGGCGCCUGGUGCUGGAUCAACGAGAAGUUCAGCAACGAGCGCCUAUACCUGCACUAUUUCUGGGUCAUCAUAUGCGAGUUCGGCACCGUAAUCAUCUACACCAUCAUCUUCCUCAUCCUUCAACGCCGCGUCCGCCGGUCCUUCUACGCGAACUCGGAGACAGCAGUCCGCGCACAGUCAGCGGCGAAGGUCAUCAUCAUCUACCCGAUCGUCUACGUCGUCUGCACGCUACCGCUGGUCAAGGCCAGAUUGACCAGCAUGGCGAACCAGCACGUCUCGUUCCUCGAGCUCACCGUCGCUGGCGCUAUGAUCACAUCCAACGGCUGGCUCGAUGUGCUCGUCUACAGCUUCACCCGUUCCUCUAGCAUCUUCAACUCGGACUCCGACGCCGACUCCCAGAAGGGCGUACUUGAUACCUUCCGCCACCGACCAGAUCAAGCGUACGGUACAACGACGGUUAUCGAAGCGGGGAAAGUGAGGCGCUCCGCUAGCAGGCGCGGCCAAGGGGACCAGAGCGGAUAUCACAGUCGGAGCGCGAGUACAGAGGAAUUAUGGGGCAGUGGGACGCAUCAUAUGCAGGGCGUGAAGGCGGAUACGACUGUGGUGGUGCAGACAGACACCUUGGAAAUGGGGCCAGUAAGGGGGAUAGGGAUGGCGGAUGAAGCGGACGUGAAGAGUGUGGGAAGUGGAAAGGAAGGGCGGAAGUUCAGGCGAUGA